AAAGACAGUUCAGUGGGAAGAUUUUUCUUGUUACAGCCCGCUGGCAAUAUUUGUGUUUAAUCCAUACUCUAGUUAGAGGUUUUAAGCAAAAACAAGUGCAAUAAUCAAAGCUGUUUUGGCGCCGCAAAGUAGCAGCCGUCAGCCACCUACACACAGACAGCUACCGAAAGGUGGAAAAGCAAUCAGAGACAGCAGAAGUAAUCGACAUACACGCACACAGCGAAACACAUUACGUGCCGAGCGCAAUCUCUUUCCUUCCCCCCAUUUUCCACCAAAAAAAAAAAUAGCAGUGGCAGGCGAAAAAAUCAACACAAUUGCGUCGUAAACCAAGCGGACUGCAAAGCGUUUUCAAGUUUGUGCAAAAUAACCAACAGCCUCGGCUGAAGUCUAGAAGAAACGUCUAAAGGAACAGUCUCGAAACAAGAAUUCCACAGAUCAGCAGCUUCAACAGGGGACAGAGGAGCAGAAGCAGCGCUCAGCUGAGACUUCCGCAGGCAGUGGAUAAGCAGGGGAGAGAAGAGUGAAGUGAAGUGAAGCGGGCAGUAGCCAUUAUGAGCAUGGUGCGGCGGAUAAUCUUGUUGGGCCCUAAAUACAGCGUCUGGGCAAAGGGUGGCGGAGUUCCUACCACACAGCACACAGCCAAAUGUGUGAUACUGAGCCGGCAGAAUGCAGCAGCAGCAGAAGGUGGAGGACCAGGAGUGUGUGGCGGGAGACGCUUCCACUUGGCCACACGCCAAUGCGCUGCCAACAGGCAGAUUGUACUGGAGCCCGUCAUGAAUAUACCCGCGUACAUUGACAUCACCAAUGGAACGACGCAGCCGCCAGAGGAUACAAGCGACAGCGGGAGUGGCGGCGGCAGCAGCGCCAGCAGUGGCGGCACCUCAAAGAUCCCUGGAGCUGGCUCGAGUGCUGGUGGCGCGAGCACAACGAGCGGUGGGGAUCCGCCCGGCGGUGGCGACAAGUUUCUCUCGUGCCCGAAGUGCGGCAGUGCCUGCACGCAGGUGGAGACGUUCGUCAGCUCGACGCGAUUCGUCAAGUGCGCCAAGUGCAACUACUUCUUUGUGGUGCUCUCCGAAGUGGAGACCAAGCAGCGGGUCAAGGACGAGCCGAAGAACCAGCGCAAGCCGCCUCCGCCGCCCCAGAAGAUCAUGGAGUACCUCGACAAGCAUGUGGUGGGCCAGGACUUUGCCAAGAAAGUGCUCGCCGUGGCGGUCUACAAUCACUACAAGCGCAUCCACCACAAUCUGCCACAGCUGCAGCAGCAGCAGGGCGGCGGCCAUGGCGGACAGGGAGGCAGCGGGCUGGACGGCAUUCCGCGUCCCGAUCUCCUGCACAUCACAGGCAUUGGUCACACCCUGAACAGCACGCCGGGCAACGAGCUGCCCCCCAAACCCGCACAGAUGGGCAUGGGCGGAGGCAUGGGUGGUGGUCUGGGCAGCAGCCUGGGCAAUCAUUCGGGACGCGGCGGCGGCGACAAUCGCGCCGGCUCCGAUAUACUGGACAACAAGUCCACCGACGUGAAGCUGGAGAAGAGCAACAUCAUCAUGCUGGGUCCCACGGGAUCGGGCAAGACGCUGAUUGCCCAAACGAUUGCCCGCUGCCUGGACGUUCCCUUCGCCAUCUGCGACUGCACGACCCUCACCCAAGCGGGUUACGUCGGCGAGGACAUUGAGAGCGUCAUCUCCAAGCUGCUGCAGGAUGCCAACUACAAUGUGGAUCGUGCCCAGACAGGCAUUGUGUUCCUCGACGAAGUGGACAAGAUUGGCGCCGUCCCUGGCAUCCAUCAGCUGCGCGACGUUGGCGGCGAAGGUGUCCAGCAGGGCAUGCUCAAGAUGCUCGAGGGCACGGUCGUCAAUGUGCCUGAGCGAAACUCCCCGCGAAAGCUGCGCGGCGAAACGGUGCAGGUGGACACCACGAAUAUCCUCUUUGUGGCCUCGGGCGCCUACACAGGAUUGGAUCGGCUCAUUGGCAGACGCCUCAACGAGAAGUAUUUGGGCUUUGGCAUGCCUUCUUCGUCCAGCGGCUCUGGCAACCGUCGGGCCGUGCAAUCGGUGGCCGCACCCAUGGACAAUGAUCAGGAGGAGCGUGACAAAUGCCUCACCAAAGUGCAGGCCCGUGAUCUCGUUGAAUUUGGCAUGAUUCCCGAAUUCGUUGGACGCUUUCCGGUUAUUGUGCCCUUCCACAGUUUGAAUGUCAGCAUGUUGGUGCGCAUUCUCACCGAGCCAAGGAAUGCCCUGGUGCCUCAAUACAAGGCGCUGCUGGGUCUGGAUGAGGUCGAUCUAACAUUUGACGAGGAUGCAGUGGAAUCAAUAGCCAAGCUGGCAAUGGAAAGGCAUACAGGUGCCAGAGGAUUGCGCUCCAUAAUGGAACAACUCUUGCUGGAUCCCAUGUUCAUAGUGCCAGGCUCUGAUAUUCGUGGCGUGCACAUCACCGGCGAAUAUGUGAGAGGACAGAGCACACCCGUCUACAGUCGCGACACGGAUGCGACGGCGAACAGCAGCAGUGGUGCUGGGUCCUCUUCGGACUCCGAGAACACCAACGAUAAUGAUAAGAACUUUGAGGAUAGUGAAAAAUCGUUUGUGAAUGAUACAUUGGCUGGCACGUCGUAGCUCUUCCCCUAUCUCUUCCUGUACAAAAAAUCCCCCGAAAAACGGCGCUGCAUCUGUGAUUCAUGAAACGACAAGCAGCAACUGUGAGCGGAGGAAUAUAUAGAUUAAAAGAACACCUAAAAAGCAGGAAUAACGA